UUGUUAGUCGAGGGCUACCUGUAUUCCUUGUAUGCAGAGCACAACUUUUAAGACUGUUGUAAUAACAGGGAGAGGUUUCUGGGAGGGCUGCCUUUAGGCCUGUUUCUUUAGUCAAAAUACUGCUGACAAAGCUUUUUUUUAAGAGGAAAGAAUAUUAAACAGGUCUGUCUUUAGCAGUCCAGCUACUUCUUGCUCUGUAUUGUUAAUCAUUAGUCUUAAAAGUGUCUGCUGUUGCUAAAAUACUUUUUUUGAUGGUGCUGUUGCAUUUUCAGAAUGUGAGUUGUGUUUUUCCUAUAUAGAAAAAUGCAAAUUGUUUUGUGACAAGUGAACGGGAGGAAAACUUGGAUGUUCCAUAUCUGUCCUAUUUUAGACCUUAAACCUCUGAAUAUGUUGUCUUCGUAUUUUUCAGAUAACUUAUAACAGAAGUCAAAAGCCUUGUGUAUUGCUGCAUGUUUACUCUUGCCUUGGUUGAUGACUUGAAACACUACUAAAAUGCACCAGAAGCUCUUGAAGAGCGCUCAUUACAUUGAGCUGGGAAGUUAUCAGUAUUGGCCUGUUCUCGUUCCUCGAGGGAUUCGUUUAUACACCUAUGAACAGAUUCCUGUGUUCCUUAAGGAUAAUCCUUACAUCACUGACGGCUACAGAGCAUACCUACCUUCUAGGCUGUGUUUAAAAAGUCUGUUCGUUUUGUCCAAUGAGACAAUCAAUAUCUGGAGUCAUUUGCUGGGCUUCUUUCUCUUCUUCACUUUGGGCAUAUACGAUAUGACUUCUGUGUUGCCUUCUGCGAAAGCUUCCAGAGAAGAUUUUGUUAUUUGUUCUAUUUGUCUUUUUUGCUUUCAGGUCUGUAUGCUUUGCUCAGUAGGAUAUCACCUCUUCUGCUGUCAUCGCUCAGAAAAGACCAGUCGAAGAUGGAUGGCAUUGGAUUAUGCAGGAAUUUCGAUUGGGAUCCUAGGCUGUUACGUGUCAGGAGUGUUUUAUGCAUUUUACUGUAGUAAUUACUGGCGUCAAGUAUACUUGAUCACGGUGCUUGCUAUGAUUUUGGCAGUAUUCUUCGCUCAGAUUCACCCCAAUUACCUCACUCAGCAAUGGCAUCGACUGCGCUCGGCCAUCUUCUGCUCUGUGUCAGGCUACGGGAUUAUUCCCACCAUCCACUGGAUUUGGCUUAACGGUGGCAUCACGGCAUCUAUUGUACAGGAAUUCGCUCCCCGAGUUAUUGUGAUGUACUUAAUAGCCAUCAUAGCGUUUCUCUUCUAUAUUUCUAAAGUCCCAGAAAGGUAUUUUCCAGGACAGUUAAACUACCUCGGCUCCAGCCACCAACUUUGGCACAUUUUUGCUGUGGUGAUGUUGUAUUGGUGGCACCAAUCUACAAUGUACAUCAUGCAGUAUAGACACAGCAAGCCUUGCCUGGAUUAGAGUAAUGCACCCAAGUGCGUCAAAAAUUCUAUCCUCGCACCGAAGUUUGGACAUGUCUGCAUUUCAUGCUGAUUUUAGGAGCAACAGCCACAGUUCUCAUUGAAUCCUCUUUCUUUUAGGAAUAAUAUGUUAAUAGGCACUCCUGAUAUCAUUGAUCUCCACCAGCUGAGUAACUCUUGGUCCACUUAAGGAGGUUGAAAGAACUGCAGAUAACUCUGUUGUAUAUACACGACUUUUCUUUGAACUACUGAUAUAUAAACUAUAAUAAAACUUCGAUGUGGAGACUGUUUAUGCUAUCAACAAGAAAAGUUCUCCAAAAUGCAUGCAUGUGAAGUUCUCAUGACAUUUGCAUGCUGGGAUCUCACUUGAAAAUCCAUGUUAACUAUACCUUUUUAAUGUGCUCUGUGUUGUGCUGACGUUUCAUUUGAAAAAAAAAUUCAAAUAAGAUUUUUUUUAUUGGAGUUCCUUUUCCUUUUAAUAAAAGAGUCUCCAUAGAUUACCGGCGGGUGACUUUUAUCUUCAAACUAAGAUAAAUCGGUUUCUAAUCUUGGGAGCUUGUAGUUAGUGAGUCCAACAUGUGACAAGGGUCAAAAGAUUUUAGACUUGACUACAAAUGGCUGCAAGUAACACUCGCCACAAACUUGACCUGCUUGCUACUACUAGGAUAAAUGGAAUUCUUCUGAGCCAUUCUGCAGGAUAGUACCUGCCUAAUGCCAAACACAAAGUGCUUGCUUCUGCCUUGACAGCACUUUCUGCUGCCCUGGAAAUUUUGAAGAAAGAGAGAAAUUCAGCCAAUGCAGGGAAAAAAAAUCCGACUGGAAGCACGGCUACUUCAGGUUUUGAGAUUCAGGAGCCACGUCUCCACAACCUGGUGUCAAAAAGGGAUUUGCAGAGAAGAAUGAAGGAGGCCUUAUGCUGCUCUAACGUUGUUUGGAUACUUUCAGAAAGGUAAAUGAAACGAACGGCAAUACCAGAUUUCCACCUCUGAAGUCUGCAACUGCCCCAGGACUAUCAGCAAAGUUGAUAUGUGCCAAGAUCUGCCAUUGAAGCUGCAAGCAUGGCUAUAGAGCAAGGGUGUCAAACUGGUGGCCCACAGGCCAGAUGUGUCAUGCGCAGGCCACGUCCACCCAAGCUCCGCAAAGGCAAAAAAAAACAUUGUGAUACAUCAUGUGACAUCAACAUGAUGCGGCAAGCUUGACAUCAGUGCUAUAGAGGAAUCUCCAGAUGGUUUAUUGUGAAUGCAACUAAUUCUAAUGGAUUCCACUCCAACAUCUUUUUCCAUCUCCUAUGCCUUCCAUUUUUUUAAUGCUUUAAUGUUGUUGUUUUUUGCCUGAAACUAAAAUGAAAGCUACAGUUUUAUUUCAGAUGUAUUCCUCUAGCCUGGGACAACCAUUACAGAAAACUGUACAUUCAGAGUUAACUACAGGCGACUUAUGUCGUGGCAUCAUCACGUUUGUUCUACUUCAUCUUAGACUUUUAACUGCCUAGGAAAGUCGUGACAAUUGUUUGCACUGAAGUAUAAAGGCAAUUUUAUUUGGUUGCACUGUAGGUGUUGUGUAAAUAGUGCUUCAAUAAAGGGUUUGCCAAAAGGUAUGAUCUGCUGUGCUGCAUAGUAACAAAUAAUUGGGUAAGGAGGCCUGAAAAACCCAGCAUGGGAAAAGGUAAGGCUGUAAACUUUGAGAUACCCAGUGUCCUGCCAUUACUUUACAUGCUCAAAAGCACGUUAAAGAAAAUCUUGAGUAUUCUUGUGAGGUACUAGCAAAUCUCAAGAGGACAAAAUGAGCAGCUUUACAAUCCCUUGUGCCUCUUUAUACAUUUUUUUAAGACAAGUACUGCAAUGUGAGGUAAGAAAUGGAUCACAUUAGUUUGAAACAACUAGCCAUACUCUUGUACUGCACUCAGAAAGUUCCGAGUCUUUCUAAGUUAUGGCUUUGCCUCCCAAAUCAUGCUAAUCCAUGAAAAAUUGAGUAGCUGGGUUCACCCAAUUCCUUAAGCCCAAGCACAUAUGCUAUUUUAUAGAUUAAUAUGAGAAUAAUUUAGUCUUUGUGAUGGAUUAAUUUACACUGUAAAAGUUUGGCAGAAACCAAGGACCGUGGCAGUGGUCCUUAGGAUGUAGCUUAGUUUAACCAAUUACCAAGAAGCUGCUUAGUUAUUUUGUAGAAUAUUGCUAUAUUGCCCCAAUCGUAGUCUGAAAAUACAAAGAUCCAACUGCAUAAAACUUUUCAAGUAUUACAAAACAAUUACAAGUAGUAUAACACUUAUAGAUGCAGAGACAAUUUGGCCCAAAAUCAGAACUACCAAAAUAAUUACUGCUCUACAAAAUGUAAUUUGGGGGGGGAUUGGGUAUCCAUGGAUUCAUAACUCUAGUAAAUUAGGAAAUUUGCUAGCAAAAAUGUAACAAAAAUAUAUUUUCAUGAUGUGAUUUCCCACAAUUGUUCACAUUUGGCCAUAGCAAGGUAAGGGAAAGCUUCCAGUUAUCUAUCCCCAGCCUCACAAAAGCCCCCUCUUAACCACCAUCAAAUGGACUUGGGGGGGGGGCGGAAUUCUACAUUCUUCAAGAGCUCAAAAAAGGGCAAGUUGAGUUAUAGGUCCUGAUUUUUUCAAAUCUGCCCACCUGUGACUUAAAAACCAUAUCCAAUUGUUUGGGGUUUUUUUUCCCCAUAAAACACUCUUAAAAUAGCUAGAUAACAUUGAAAUUUCGCUCGGUUGUUAUUAACACAUCUUAGUAAACAUGCUUUCUUUAAAAAUGGUACAAUAAGACUUUAUUAUAACAGCUGGCAUUGGAUGGAACAAGAUUAAGUUAAAGGAGAUGUCAAUGAGAUCUUACACAUUGGAAAAAUCUUAUACAGUACUGGAAUGACAAGUUUUUACUUGUAACACCCCAGUCCCAUUGCAAAUUCACACAGUGGUUGGUGUUACAGAAACAUGGUAUCUGGUUGAUUAACAACUGGAAGUUGUUUUAUGUACAUCAUUUUUGCACAGAAAGGUCUGUAUUAGUGGUUACCCAUACACAUACAUGCACACAUACACACUGCACAACGCUUUAGAAAUUUCAAGUCUAACAAAAAAAGUAAAAUAUGGAAGUGUAAUUUUGAAAAGUGCACUUGAACGCUGUUUGCCAGCAAUUAGAAUGUAACAUUAUUGUUUUAUUCUUAAGUGAUGUUCUUAUCCCAGAAACUAAUCUAGGCAACAAUAUUCUCUUCAAAGCG